AUGAUGAAGCUCUCCCUCGGUAAAUUUGGACUGAAGCAUUGCGACUUGCCGACGUUGUUCUCCAAUGUCGCAUUUUUCUUACGCUUCAUAACCAUCAACAUCGAUAGGCACUAUAAAAAACGUAUACCAUUCGUGAACUACGUAAUCGUGACCAUAGCUGCGGUAUGCUAUAUCUACAUAUAUAUUAUCUCCAUGUUCUGGUUCGUGUUCGUCCGCUGCAGGCAGACGGGCGACUUCACAGCGGCAGCUGUGGUCUUCUCACUUGGAACUAAUAGCGAGACUUGCGCCACUAAGUUGAUAUUCAUGAUCAUUUACAAGAAAACAGUACAAGACAUAGUACAAAGAUAUCUGGAAUGUGACAAGCAAGUGGAAAAAGGAACUCGAUUCUACGAUAACUUACAAAAGAAACUUAUUAAAAUUAAAAAAAGAACAAUGGCAGUAUCGGUUUUCUUAAUAGUGAUGGGCAUAUCAUACUCUCUACAACCUAUUCUAUUACCAGGGAGACAUUUUGCAGAGGACUUGUAUGUUGUUUAUGGCUUGGAACCAAUGUUUGAAUCUCCUAACUACGAAAUAGCAUUAAUUUCGGAGACGAUAACGAUUAUCGUGGGCACUUACACCUUAGCCUGUGUCACUGCAUUUAUUCUAAUUAUAAUCGGAUAUAUUGAAGCUCAAAUGCUUGCUCUUAGCGACGAAAUGCUUAACCUUUGGGAUGAUGCUGAAAAAUAUUACAAUAAUUCAAAAAGAUCAAUCGCAUAUAACUCAACGACACAAGAAGAGGAGUUAAAAUUGAAAAUUAUAAAUGAGCAUAUUGCAAAUCGCUUAAAACAAAUUAUACCUUUUCAUAUAUCAAAUAUCAAUCUUCUGAAUGAAUUCGAAACACUAUUUAGAAUUACCAUGGCAGUGGAAUUUGGGCUUAUAAUUAUUGGUAUAGUUGCAGAAUUACUAGGACGUAUUGAGAACACUUUUAUGGAACUACCAUACACGUUGAUUCAAAUUUAUGUCGACUGUUUUAUAGGCCAAAGGUUGAUUGAUGCGAGUUUUGUUUUCGAAAGAGCUGUUUAUGAUUGCAAAUGGGAGAAUUUUAAUAAAUCAAAUAUGAAGACAAUUCUGCUGAUACUGCAAAAUGCACAGAAACCGCUAAAGCUCACUGCUGGAGGACUAACCACGUUAGACUUCGUGUGUCUAAUGUCUGUAAUAAAAUCCACGUACUCAUUUUACACGACGCUGCAAUCAUCUGUUGGUUAA